CCGCGGACAGAGCGGACCCGAGCGGGCGGCCAGGCACUUGCCCGCGCCGUGCCACCGCCGCCGAAGCUCGGGAGCGCAGGACCCGGUACCUCCGGCGCCCGCUGCCGCCGCCGAUGCGGCCCGGGCACUUUUAGCCGGGCGGGAGGGCCGGAGAGCCGGGCCGCCGAGAGCAGCGAGCGAGCCGCGCCGACCCGCCGCGAGCAGGGACGGAUACCCGCCCGCCGCCGCCGCCCGGCCGCUAUGGAUCUAUUCGACUUUUUCAGGGACUGGGACUUGGAGCAGCAGUGUCACUAUGAACAAGACCGUAGUGCACUUAAAAAAAGGGAAUGGGAACGGAGGAAUCAAGAAGUCCAGCAAGAAGAUGAUCUCUUUUCUUCAGGCUUUGAUCUUUUUGGGGAGCCCUACAAGGUAGCUGAAUACACAAACAAAGGUGAUGCACUUGCCAGCCGAGUCCAGAACACGCUGGGAAACUAUGAUGAAAUGAAGGAUUUGCUAACUAACCAUUCUAAUCAGAAUCAUCUAGUGGGAAUCCCAAAGAAUUCUGUGCCCCAGACUCCCAUCAACAAAAAUGAACCAAGCUUUUUUCCAGAACAAAAGAACCGAAUGAUCCCACCUCACCAGGAUAACACUCACCCCUCGGCACCAAUGCCUCCACCUUCUGUUGUGAUACUGAAUUCAACUCUAAUACACAGCAACAGGAAAUCAAAACCUGACUGGCCACGAGAUACUCAUAAUGCUAGCAUUGUACCGGCCAGCCAGGCUUGUGGUCAGCCAAACAAGAUGCAGCCAUCUACACAGGACCAGCCCCAAGCCAGACUGGAAGACUUCUUUGUCUACCCAGCUGAACAGCCUCAAGUUGGACCAGUUGAAGAGUCAAACCUGUCUGCAAAGGAAGACAGUAAUCUCAAGUCCAGUGGAGGGGAUACAUUCAAAGAAAUCUUUCAAUCUAACUCACCAGAAGAAUCUGAAUUUACAGUGCAAGCGCCAGGGUCUCCCCUAGUUGCCUCAUCUUUACUAGCUCCCAGCAGUGGUCUUUCAGUUCAAAACUUCCCACCCGCACUUUACAGCAAAACAAGCGUGGGGCAGCAAAAACCUACUGCUUAUGUCAGACCCAUGGAUGGCCAGGACCAGGCAACAGACAUCUCUCCAACACUAAAACCUUCGAUUGAAUUCGAGAACAGCUUUGGGAAUCUGUCAUUUGGAUCACUCUUGGAUGGAAAACCCAGUGCAGCCAGUUCAAAGACUAAACUGCCAAAGUUCACGAUUCUCCAAACAAGUGAAGUAAGCCUUCCCACUGAUCCAAGCUGUGUUGAAGAAAUCUUGCGGGAGAUGACCCAUCCCUGGCCUGCUCCUCUCACUGCCAUGCAUACUCCUGGAAACUCUGAGCAGAACACAUUUUCCAUCCAAGGACAGGAAUCCCAACAUCUGACCACAGGAUUCACCUUACAAAAGUGGAGUGACCCGACCAGCAGAGCUUCUACAAAGAUGCUUGAGGAUGACCUGAAGCUGAGCAGUGAUGAAGAUGACCUUGAGCCUGUGAAGACCUUGACCACUCAGUGCACUGCCACUGAGCUCUACCAGGCUGUUGAAAAGGCAAAACCUAAGAAUAAUCCUGUGAACUCACUCUUGGCUACACCUCAGCCCCCACCUGCAGUGCAAGCCAGCGGGGGAUCCGGCAGCUCCAGUGACUCAGAGAGCAGCUCCGAGUCAGACUCAGACACUGACAGCAGCACGACUGACAGCGAAUCCAAUGAGGCACCUCGUGUGGCCACUCCAGAGCCUGAGCCACCCUCAACCAACAAGUGGCAGUUGGAUAAAUGGCUUAACAAAGUGACAUCCCAGAAUAAAUCAUUUAUUUGUGGGCAAAAUGAAACACCCAUGGAGACAAUAUCAGUGCCUCCUCCAAUCAUCCAGCCAAUGGAAGUCCAGGUCAAAGUGAAGACAACCCCCAGCCAGGUCCUGGCUGAACCCAAAGAGAGGCCUCUCCUCAGUCUCAUCAGAGAGAAAGCCCGUCCACGGCCUGCUCAGAAAACUCCAGAAACAAAGGCUUUGAAGCAUAAGUUGUCAGCAACUAUUGAGACAGUUUCUCAAAGGACAAUUGGGAAAAAACAGCCCAAAAAGGUCGAGAAGAACACCAGCAUUGAUGAGGUUACCUGGCCCAAACCAAAUAUUACCAGCAGCACUCCCAAAGAAAAGGAAAGCGUGGAGCUUCCUGAUCCACCAAGAGGCCGCAACAAAGCCACUGCCCACAAACCAGUCCCUAGGAAAGAACCAAGGCCUAACAUCCCCUUGGCUGCUGAGAAGAAGAAGUAUAGAGGGCCUGGCAAGAUGGUGCCAAAGUCCCGGGAAUUCAUUGAAACGGAUUCGUCUACGUCUGAUUCCAACACAGAUCAGGAAGAGACCCUGCAGAUCAAAGUCCUGCCACCUUGCAUUGCUCCUGGGGGCAAUACUGCCAAAUCCAAGGAAACAUGUGGUGUCAGCCUGACCCUCAGCACCUUAAUCAGCAGCAGCAGCAACAACUUAUCCAUCAGUAAUGAGGAGCCGACUUUUUCACCCAUCCCUGUCAUGCAAACUGAGCUUCUAUCCCCUCUACGAGAUCACGAGAAUCUGAAAAAUCUCUGGGUGAAAAUUGACCUUGACUUGCUGUCUAGAAUACCUGGCCACAACUCACUCCAAGCAACGCCAGCCAAGCCAGACCUCAAGGAGACAUCCUCAAAACCCAAGCGUCAGACUGCUGCUGCAGCUGCAGAAAAACCCGCCCCUAAGGGCAAGCGUAAGCACAAGCCAACAGAAGUUGCAGAGAAAAUCCCUGAGAAAAAGCAACGCCUGGAGGAGGCCACCACUAUCUGCCUGCUCCCCCCCUGCAUUUCACCAGCCCCACCCCACAGACCUCCCAACACUAAAGAAAAUAAUUCAUCCAGGAGAGCAAAUAGAAGGAAAGAAGAAAAGCUGUUCCCUCCUCCACUUUCCCCACUGCCAGAGGACCCUCCACGCCGCAGAAAUAUCAGUGGCAAUAAUGGCCCCUUCAGUCAAGACAAAAACAUCCCUACAAUUGGACAGAUCACCUCUACCAAGCCUAAGAGGAGUGAAGGCAAAUUCUGUGCUACUUUCAAAGGGAUAUCCGUAAAUGAGGGAGACACUCCAAAAAAGGCAGGCUCUGCCACCAUCACUGUCACCAACACUGCUAUUGCCACUGCCACUGUCACUGCUACUGCUACUGUCACCACCACUGUCACAGCCACUGCCACUGCCACAGCCACUACCACAACCACUACCACUACCAUUUCCACCAUCACCUCUACCAUCACUACUGGCCUCAUGGAUAGCAGUCACCUGGAGAUGACGUCCUGGGCAGCCUUGCCCCUUCUGUCCAGCAGCACCACCAACGUCCGGAGACCCAAGCUCACUUUUGAUGACUCGGUUCACAAUGCUGAUUAUUACAUGCAAGAGGCUAAGAAGCUGAAGCACAAAGCUGAUGCGCUGUUCGAGAAAUUUGGCAAAGCCGUGAAUUAUGCGGAUGCAGCUCUGUCCUUCACCGAAUGUGGCAAUGCGAUGGAGCGCGACCCUCUGGAAGCAAAGUCUCCGUAUACCAUGUACUCCGAGACUGUGGAGCUCCUCAGGUAUGCAAUGAGGCUGAAGAACUUUGCAAGCCCCUUGGCUUCGGACGGGGACAAAAAGCUGGCAGUAUUAUGCUACCGAUGUUUAUCACUUCUCUACUUGCGGAUGUUUAAACUGAAGAAGGACCAUGCUAUGAAGUACUCCAGAUCACUGAUGGAAUAUUUUAAGCAAAAUGCUUCGAAAGUCACUCAGAUACCAUCUCCAUGGGUAGGCAAUGGAAAGAACACUCCGUCUCCAGUGUCUCUUAACAACGUCUCUCCCAUCAACUCAAUGGGGAACUGUAACAACGGCCCAGUCACCAUCCCCCAGCGCAUUCACCACAUGGCUGCCAGCCACGUCAACAUCACUAGCAAUGUGUUACGGGGCUACGAACACUGGGACAUGGCCGACAAACUGACAAGAGAGAACAAAGAAUUCUUUGGUGAUCUGGACACGUUGAUGGGGCCUCUGACCCAGCACAGCAGCAUGACCAAUCUUGUCCGCUACGUUCGCCAGGGACUGUGUUGGCUGCGCAUCGAUGCCCAUUUGUUGUAGUGGGUGCUCCCCCAUCUCCAGCAUCACCACCCAUCACUCUACCUCUACCAGAGCACCAACGGUCACUGGUGGAACUCCACUCAUUUGGGAAAGUUCUCUUUGAUUAUGUUUGUUUUUAUGUUUCUUUUGAUAUCUGUGAAAAACAGAAGUCAUUGUAAGUGGACACUACAACUUGAGAACAGUGUGUGUUUUAUUACUUAGUCAUUUUUCAGUAUUUUAUAUGCAUUUCUCAGAUCCCACCAUCCUUUUGUGCUUGAUGGAAUGACAC